CACGUCAAAGCGAAGCACCUCUUUUUGUCUUUUCCCAGCACCUGUAGUUGUGCUGGCAGCCCGUUUGUUUUGGCUGUACAUUGGCUAUAGGCAUUUGGUGUCAGGUCGAGAACCUGCUGUAAGCUGUGGCAUUAUGUCUGACAAAAGCGAGCUGAAAGCAGAGCUUGAAAGGAAGAAGCAACGCUUGGCUCAAAUCAGAGAGGAGAAGAAAAGGAAGGAGGAGGAGCGCAAGAAGCAAGCGGCGGACCAAUUGAAAGAAGCUGUACAACACCAGGAUGAUUCAGACCUGGAGAAAAAAAGACGUGAGGCUGAGGCUCUUCUACAGAGCAUGGGCAUAACCCCAGAUGUUCCUGUUGUCCCUCCUCCCAUCUCUCCAACUACCAAAUCGGCAGGCACACCGAGUGAGGCAGGGAGCCAAGACUCUGAUGGAGCUGUGGGACCCAGGACUCUGCACUGGGACUCUGACCCGUCCACUCUUCAACUUCACUCUGACUCUGAGCUGGGGCGUGGAACCCCAAAACUGGGAAUGGCCAAAAUCACACAGGUGGACUUCCCUCCACGUGAGACGGUGUCCUACACAAAAGAGACCCAGACACCUGUCAUGACUCAGCAAAAAGAAGCAGAGGAAGAAGAAGAGGAAGAAAGUGCUCCACCUCAACCAGUUGUGGAGACUCAGACUGAGAAACCCGACCAGAAAGAGGAGGAGGAAGCACCCCCCCACGAACUGACAGAGGAGGAAAAACUCCAGAUCCUGCACUCCGAAGAGUUUGUGAAUUUCUUCGACCACAGCACUCGCAUUAUUGAGCGGGCUCUAUCAGAGCACGUGGACCUCUUCUUCGACUACAGCGGUCGUGACCUGGAGGAGAAGGAGGGUGAGAUCCAGGCCGGAGCAAAGCUCUCCCUCAACAGGCAGUUCUUGGAUGAGCGCUGGUCCAAGCAUCGUGUCGUCACCUGCCUGGACUGGUCCCCCCAGUAUCCUGAACUCCUGGUUGCCUCAUACAACAACAACGAGGAAGCUCCCCACGAGCCAGACGGCGUGGCCUUAGUGUGGAAUAUGAAGUACAAGAAGGCCACACCGGAGUACGUCUUCCACUGUCAGUCUGCUGUUAUGUCGGCUGCGUUUGCCAAGUUCCACCCCAACGUUGUGGUGGGGGGCACAUACUCGGGGCAGAUUGUUCUGUGGGACAACAGGAGCAACAAGAGGACCCCCGUGCAGAGGACUCCCCUGUCAGCAGCAGCACACACGCACCCAGUAUAUUGUGUGAAUGUUGUUGGCACCCAGAACGCCCACAAUCUGAUUAGCAUCUCCACUGACGGCAAGAUUUGCUCCUGGAGUCUGGACAUGCUCUCUCAGCCACAGGACAGCAUGGAGCUGGUGUUCAAGCAGUCCAAAGCUGUAGCUGUCACCUCCAUGUCUUUCCCUCUCGGAGAUGUCAACAAUUUUGUGGUGGGCAGCGAGGACGGCUCCGUCUACAUGUCGUGUCGUCAUGGAAGCAAAGCGGGCAUUAGUGAGAUGUUCGAGGGCCACCAUGGGCCCAUCACAGGGAUCCACUGCCACACAGCUGCAGGGCCUCUGGACUUCUCCCACCUGUUUGUUACCUCCUCUUUUGACUGGACUGUCAAGCUGUGGAGCACCAAGAACAACAAGCCGCUGUACUCAUUUGAGGACAACUCGGACUACGUGUACGACGUCAUGUGGUCUCCGACUCACCCUGCUCUGUUUGCUUGUGUGGACGGAGUCGGCCAUCUUGACCUGUGGAACCUCAACAAUGACACAGAGGUUCCUACCGCCAGCGUGACAGUGGAGGGUAACCCGGCUCUCAACAGAAUCAGAUGGGCUCACUCUGGCAGGGAAAUCGCUGUGGGAGACUCUGAUGGACGAGUCCUUGUGUACGAUGUUGGCGAGCAAACUGCGGUUCCACGAAACGACGAGUGGACCCGCUUUGUUCGCACGCUGGCAGAGAUCAACGAGAACAGGGAUGAUGCAGAGGAGCUGGCAGCUCAGCGCCUGGCUGCCUGAUCCACUCGCCACAGAUGUGAUGUUAAAGGGACCAGUGGUACGCUUGUUAAUAUCAGCCCCGACUUUGAUGGAAGGAAACGAUGUGAUGACAACAUAACCGGAGGGAAAAGGUUUUGAUCAGAAAGACGUACAGACAUCUUUUCUUUUUUUCUUACACCUUCUUUUUUGGACAACUCUGCCUUUCUCAGUUAGCUGGACUGUCACCAGUCUUCCGUGGAAUAACACAAGCGACAGGGCUAUCGACCUCAGACACUAAGCCAUAUUCACGAAACACAAACCAGUCAUCCUUUCUCCAACCAGAUGCCUUAAACUUUAGUUUUAACCUUUGAUUGUAAAACCUGUCGUCAUUUAGUGCAUGUCAUCAUGAGCCUUAAUUUUGAGUUUUUCGGUUCAGACACUCUGCGGAGCUCCAUUUCUCACCAAAGCUGUAGUGAAACAAUCACAUCUCUAAACACCCAGGAAUGUAAACUUCUUAUACUGUAGAACCAUGUUGUCAUCUCAGCUCCUUUUAGACUUGAUAACGUAAAUAUUCACGUGUUUGUAUAAUACUGAAAUGUCCAAAAUCCAGAUGUCUUUCUACUUUCUAUAUUCUAUACUGUACCAGGCUUCACUUAAUCAGUGGAGCUGGUUAGACUGGAGAUAGCUGGAGUAUCCUCAAUGCCUAAGAAGAUGAUCGUGUAUGCUGUAAGUGCUGUUGACGGGAUCUGAACAGAGAUCCUUCUGUUUCCUGAAGAAUCUCAAAUCUGAGAAUGUACUUUUCACACAGUAGAAACAAACAGUUUGAAUGAUUUAUUUCAAUAAAAUACAAUAAAUACAUUUAAAUUA